AUGCGCGGCAAGCGGGCGAAGCAGUACCGCAAGCUGAUGCAUCAGUAUGCCCUCACCUUCGGCUUCCGCGAACCCUACCAAGUCCUGGUCGAUUCCGAGAUCGUCCUCGACUCGACGCGCAUGAAGAUGGACCUCGCCAGCUACCUUGAGCGCACCCUCCAAGGCAAGGUCAAGCCGAUGAUCACGCAGUGCUCGAUGCGCCACCUCUACGCCUCCAAGGACCAGGUCGCCAUCGGCCAUGCCCAGGCCUUCGAGCGCCGCCGCUGCAACCACCACACGCUCGAUGAGCCGCUCUCCACGCUCGACUGCGUCAAAUCCGUCCUCGACCCCAAGGACUCCAAGACCAACAAGCACCGCUACGUCGUCGCCAGCCAGGAGCAGCCGCUGCGCUCCUACCUGCGCAAGAUCCCCGGCGUGCCUCUGAUCUACAUCAACCGGAGUGUCAUGAUCAUGGAACCCAUGGCCGGCGCCACCGAAGACGUGCGCGACAGGACGGAGACGGAGAAGUUCAGAGCGGGCUUGAAGACGCGGCCCACCGCUGCCACUGCUGCCCCGCCGAAGAGGAAGCGGGGUGAGGACGAAGACGGGAGCGACGAAGAUACGGACAUGGAGGAUGCGCCUGCGCAGCCCGAGCCGAAGAAGAAGAAGAAGAGGACGGGACCCAAGGCACCGAAUCCAUUGAGCGCCAAGAAGCCCAAGAAGAGAUCGGAACCACAGGCGCAGAAAAAGUCAGACAACGUUGACAAGCCGGCCGGUGAGGGGACAACGUCCGAGGAGCAGGCCAAGCGGAAGAGAAAGCGGAAGAACAAGGCCAAGGCGGACGGAGAGGCACCGGAGCAAGCGGAACAAGUCGCGCAAGAGGCAUGA